CCGCCAACCUGGCCCUCAUCCUUGCGGCCCCAUCACCGCCCUCUCUCUCUUGUAGUCUUGUGGUAGCUUCCCCCCACCCAAAGCUACCACUGCCCCAAAGCUUGCACCAAAUCACCCCCACACUCCCAUUGCUCCAUUUGACAUCCCCUCUGCAUCUCAUAUUACCAAAAAAAAAAAUAAAAAUAUAAAGAAAAGAAGGAAAGAGAUAAAGAGAGGAGAGAGAUCCAAAGAUAGGCCAAAAAAGACCACUUGUUAGUACUGGUAGUAUCAGCAGAGAUGUUGAGGGGGAGCACAGGGAUCAUUGGAGUGGUGAACUUUAUCACGUUUCUGGUGUCGAUUCCGAUACUGGGAGGGGGGAUAUGGCUGAGUGCCCGGGCCAACAACACGGACUGCCUCCGCUUCCUCCAAUGGCCUAUCAUCAUCAUAGGGGUGACCAUCAUGGUCAUCUCCCUCAUGGGCUUCGCAGGCGCCUGCUAUCGCAUCUCCUGGCUCCUCCGUCUCUACCUCUUCGCCAUGUUCUUCGUCAUCGCCGCCCUCCUGGGGUUCAUCGUCUUCGCCUUCGCCGUCACCGACCGCGGCCACGGCCAGGUCAUCAUGAACCGCGAGUUCCUCGAGUACCAGCUCUCGGACUACUCCGGGUGGCUCAAGGACCGCGUCUCCGAGCCCGGCUACUGGAGCAAGAUCAGCGCCUGCCUCCGCGACGCCGGCGCCUGCAAGGGGAUGGCAAGGUAUGUCCGUGACCCCACCACCGGGAUGCUGGUGCCGGAGCCCGCCAACAGGUUCUACGGGCGCCAUCUCUCCCCUAUCCAGUCUGGGUGUUGCAAGCCGCCCACAUCAUGCGGCUUCACUUAUGUGAAUGAGACUCUGUGGACUGCUGGAGGAGUGACAGCGGUGCCUGAUCCUGAUUGCGGCAGGUGGAGCAACAACCAGCAGCAGCUGUGCUACGAGUGCGGCUCUUGCAAGGCCGGGGUUCUUGCAAGCAUCAGGCAUAGCUGGAGGAAGGCCUCUGUGAUCAACAUUGUGGUGCUGAUUAUUCUUGUGAUUGUAUACAUCAUCGCAUGUGCUGCAUUCCGGAACAGCAAGAGGAUAGACAACGAUGAGCCGUUCGGAGUGAACAGGAUGACUAAAGCAAGGCCUAGCAGGCUCCACUUUUAACCAGGCUGUAGGAUAUCUGUUUUCUGCGUAUCAAAGAGAAAUUGGAUACUUAGAAGGUUUGGUAUAUGAUCUCUUCUUUUAAGGUGUCCUUAUUUCACCAGCAAUUUGUUUCUUGGUCUUUUAACGACCUAAGGAAGAGCAGAAGCUUGAAUCAAGAUUCUUUGCGCUUGGUGGUGGUUGUGUCCUAGUUUUGUUUGGUUCCAUUCUGUUUGAGUACAGUACAAGUUAUCUACUGAGAAACAGCAAGUUAUUUCAUCCUAGUCUCCUAGAAGUCUCUGUUUUAGCCUCUUCAAGUUACUGUGCUUGUGUUGACUAUUAAUCAUGUUAAUCCCAUGUUUCUUUCUUUUUUUGUGAAGUUACCGAAGUUUAAGAUUGGCAUUACUUGGAUUGUACUGAAUGAAAAAGAUUUAUAUACUGAGAAGAAUUUUCUGUA